AUGUCAAAGUCUCGUUCAAACCCGAUAAACUCCCUGUCUCUCCAUGAAGCAGUCUCUUCAACGUUGAAGCGCCAGCAUGUUUUAGGUGCGGUCCCAGCCGCAAUGCGAUUUAUCCCCCUGGGUGCUCUUGCGGCUAAAGAGCUCUACGAACGACAAAUGGGUAAGCUCGAGGUGCUUUCUGGGCCAGAAGAGCAGAUACUCAAGCUCGAAACUGCAACGAGUUUACUUGAUAUUGUUCCAGGUUCGGCUCGACUCUGGGGUUGCGCAUCAUGUCAUGCGAUGCAUUCAAAGCAGAAUCAAAUGGCCACCAAUUCGAUAUUUGUCUCCCCGAGCUCGAAACAGCAUUCGCAUGCCAUGAAUCUUGGAGUUAACAAUUAUGGUGUGAUGCGAUCUCCAGAAGGGUGA